AUGGCGUCGAAACGGAUCCUGAAGGAGCUGAAGGACCUCCAGAAAGAUCCUCCUACUUCAUGCAGCGCUGGCCCAGUUGCAGAAGACAUGUUCCACUGGCAGGCGACAAUAAUGGGUCCUGCUGAUAGUCCAUAUGCCGGUGGAGUGUUCCUUGUCACUAUACAUUUUCCUCCAGACUAUCCUUUUAAACCACCCAAGGUUGCAUUCAGGACAAAGGUGUUUCACCCUAAUAUCAACAGCAAUGGUAGCAUUUGCCUUGACAUUUUGAAAGAACAGUGGAGCCCUGCCCUGACCAUAUCCAAGGUAUUGCUUUCAAUCUGUUCACUGUUGACAGACCCCAACCCUGAUGACCCUUUGGUUCCGGAGAUUGCUCAUAUGUACAAGACUGACAAGAACAAGUACGAGACCACCGCAAGGAGCUGGACUCAGAAGUAUGCUAUGGGUUAG